AUGGUGGCGGAGCUCUUGCAGAGUCCAAACUCUUCGGUGCUUCUGGUGCGCCUGGUUCAGGCGAACGCUCCUUCGACUCUCACCAACUACUUCGGUCGUUGGAAACAUUGGGUCGAGUUCUGUCAGGUCCAAUCUGCGGAUGAAUGGGCACCCAAGGUAGCCUUCCUCUGCGAUUUCUUGCUCACGCACUGCAAAGGACUUCUGGGGUCGGCUAUCGCGUGGCUCAAGGCCUUCAGGUUCAUCUCCACGCGGCUGGAGGUCGAGUCUUUCAAGGUGGCGCUACAGUCUGAAGCAGUGCGGGCCUUUGGCAAGUCCGUGAAUGUGGUUCAGCGCAGGGAAACGCCUUCGUUGGUCGGAUGCUCAGUGGUCUCCGCCUUCCUUUCUUCACUUGGAUCGGCAGGCGCUUCUGGGAUGCGCUACACGGACGAAAACCACCUCUCGAUCCAUGCCGUGGGGAGCUUGGGCUCCCGGGUUUCUCGCUGGGCCUCAAUCGGUCCCCGGCUGGUCCAGGAGGCGGUGACCCGCACUUCGGCGGCUCGUCCAGGGUUUCAGCCUGACUUUCUGGUUGCCGAUUUGGGUCCGGAUGAACGUGCUCCUGUUUUCUUGGCUCCUUUGAGCCGUGCUGCUGGGGUGGUCCUGAUCCGCAGACUUUUGGCGAUGUGCUAUGAGAGCUAUCCGGCGGACCAACGGCCGGACUUGUCCCUCAUUGGCGUGCACAGUGCCAAGGUCACCUUCUUAUCCUUGGCUAAGCAGCUCUUGCUGGACGAAGCCUUGCGGGGCGGUGCUCCGCCACUCCCCGACGUCGCAUUCUCUCUGCCCGCUCUGGAGCCGGUGGCCUCGGAUGCGCGUUCCCCUUCGGUUGUGCCCAGGCUCCACGACAGAGAGCCGUUGGUUCUCGAUCAAGAUUCGAGCUCUGAUUCCGAAGAUGAUGCUCCGGCGGCUCCCGAGGUCGAGUCCACAUCCGCGGCCCCGGCCGCCGCUUGGGAACUGGUGUCGUCCGGUGACGUGGUUUCUUCACCGCAGGAUCUUGGUGAGCCUGAAGACCUUGCCGGGCAGAUCAUCCCGCUUGUCAGUUCCGCCCAGCUCCGGACGCAGUCGGGGAUGUUCCUCUUCGACCGGGUUGCUCCAUAA